AUAGAGUUUCGUCAUGAUUUAUUAUGUACCAACACAUAAGCAUCGCGUUUAUGGUGGGUGAAAUUCACAGUAAAGUGUUAAAGACACACACACAGAAUUACGAGUUCAUCCUACUUAUGAAUUCUUUUAGACAGCAUUAUCCUUAUGAUUCUAAGGGGCUACUUCAUGAAAAUUCUAUAAUUUCAGGUCAAGGAAACCCGCUUCUUGGCUCACAAGAAUUUACUUACACUGGGAGCGUAGCAGAGGACAAGCUGUUCUACAGUAACCAUUCCAACUACUCCAUCGGAAGAUCUAGGGUUCAUAUCUUAACUGAAGAAGAUCCAGAUGUCGGUGUUCCCAGCAUCAAACACAACCAACGGCUUCGUGAGAGAAAUCGCUCCGAUAUCUCUGUUCGGUCCCCGCGGACAGUUCGUCAAGACCAUCCCCAGCAACGAAAUACCACGGAGUAAACUCACCGGAGUCAAGGAGUCACCAAACUCCUUCAACCGGGACCUGAACCCGAUCAUCAAAGUCCUACAGCUGGCCGGCAUCAUCCCCAUCACUAAGACGGCCAGAGGAAUGUGGGUGUACAGCCCGUUCUCGCCCCUGAUGAUCUACUCCGUGUGUCUCUACUUCACGAUGCUCGUCAUCCUGUGGUUCACGACCGGAGUAAAGCUCCAAGAACUGAUGGCCACGCACCGCCAUUUCAACGCCAUGUUCUUCGUGUUCAUGGCUGUAUCCUACUUCCUCAUCAUUUUGGCAAUUCCAUUCGUUAACUGGCCAGAAGCCAACAGUAUCGCUCACUACUUGUCCAACUGGACUCGCUUUCAGGAGAAGUACUGCAAGAUGACGGGUCGCCCCCUGAACCUGGGACUGAGGCGCAAAGUGUGUAUCCUCAUGUGUGUCCUGCCCGUCCUCAUAUUCAGCUUCGAAGUGAUCUACCAGCUGACAAACGGAGACGAGGUGUGGGUGGACUGGUGGGUGGCUGUCAAGGAAUGGUACCUCGAUGUUGUGCGUUUCUACGUCGUAACCUUCUGGCACCUGACGUGCGGGGCGCUGUCGUCUGCAGCAAGGAAUCUCUGGAGAAACUUCCGGAAGGAACUCGCGGAAUCCUCGAGGCACUCCCUGCAGGUUAUCGACACUCACAGGGUGCUGUGGGUAGAACUGAGUCGUCUGGUUCGACAAACUGGGUUCGCUAUGACGUACACAUACGGUUUCUACAUUCUCUACAUGUUCCUGAGCCUCACAUUCUUCGUCUAUCAUACUAUGAGUAAUCUGGCGCGCCAACUGCGGGCAGAUCAGGUACUAAUGGCGAUAGAAUGUUGUGUCAUGGAGUACACACUGUACCUCAUCUGCAACGCAGCCAACAACGCUUCGCGAGAUGUUGGUGACGAAAUACGAGAUGGUCUACUGGAGGCACGAUGGUCGUCAAAUGAGAAAUCCGUUCAAAAGGAGUUCGACAAGUUCCUGAAGACUCUGGACAUCUUUCCCCCCACGGUCAGUUUGGGCGACUUCACCAUCAUCAACAGAGCUCUCUUCAUGUCCCUUGCAACUAUGAUGACUACUUACCUCAUUGUCCUGCUGCAGUUCAACAUGUCGAGCUCCGACAGUCAGGGAUACAACAUUACUCUGCAGAUCUAACGCCACAAUUUGCACCAAACAUACCGAUAACCACUACACUCUAGUCCAAUAGCACACACCCGACUAUUCUAGUUCGUUCUCCUGACCGCGUGGAGCAUGCUGGCGUGCUCAAGGCGGCUGUUGCUCUCACUGUUUACGCGAACCGGACCAUAGAGAAGGCGGUGCAAAAUAGAAAGACUUUGAGAAGAAUUUCCCAGUUCAGAGGAAAAUUUUCCGCUCGAGUACGUAACCACUGGUCGCAUUUUAAGAAGAUAAUUUUGUUCACGCAUUGCAAUUUUGCUGGGUAAGCCAUGGAUAUUUCUUCCCGAAAUUUUUUUCAAGUUCAUGUAAUGUAUAGAGAUUUCCUUUGUAUAUAUUUUUCUUAAAGUGUGUACGAAAAUCUGCCGAGGACGUCAUUAACUU